AGAGAUUGUCAGCAUGGGGUCUCUCUCGUUCCCAGAAGACGAUGGUGGCUUUGGGCGCCAGAAUUCUCUACUGAUAGAUAGGGCAGUGGAGGCUGACCAACAAGACCCAAGUUUUGAAGACAUUAAAGGAAUCACAAAGACCCAUUGGCUUUCUUCUGAAACACGAACAAAGUGCUUUAAUAAAAGAUGUCGAAAGAAAUUCAGCUUUUUAGAUAGACCUCAUCACUGCCGAAGAUGUGGUGAAGUGUUUUGCCUGUCCUGUGUACAGUUCAAGAGGAAGCUGAACAAGCUUGCUAAGCCAGAUCCUGAUGGUAAAGAACACAGGGUUUGCCAGGCAUGUUUUGACCAGGGUCCUCAGGAGCUUGGCGCUACCAGGAAUCAUCUGAGAGAGUUCCAUCAGCUAAAACAGGCGUCUGAGGCUUACAAACAGGCAAAGACCCUGGGGCAGAGGCGCCGAGGCUGGAGAAACAGGUUUGAUUUGGAUGCAGAAUGUGGACGGUUACUGAAGGGUUUUGAGGAGGAACUGAAGCGUUCUGACAUCUCAAAGGGUUUGAUGGAUAUGAAGAAAAUGGUUGUAGUUCCUAAUUGGCAGAGAGGAGCCAACUGGCUGCAAGAGGACAUGUUUACCAGCUGUCAGUCAUGCAAUACCCCGUUUAAUCUGCUACUGAACAAAAAGCGUCGCUGUCGUGUGUGCGCCAUAUCUGUCUGCGGUAACUGUUCCUCGCAAAAACUCAUCCUGUAUGUUCCUGAUGCUGAAGAGGCUGGAGAGAGGAGAUCGAGGUCUUCCCUGUUCACAGUGUCUCAGGAGCUGGAACCCAGGCUGGCUGUUAUUGAGAUAGUCGGAUGUCCAGACAAGGAGCCCGAGAUCUGUCUCUACCUGAGAGUGUGUGACAGGUGUUUAGAGGCCCUGACAGAAAUCCAGGUGCGCGAUCACCACACCUGUCGCAGCGUCUCUGAGGACGACUUUUUGCCCAGAUUGAACAGCGUGUGGGAAGACUUGAACCAGACUCGACAGAACAUUGAUGACCAUUUAGAGCAGUACUGUGCUACCAUAGACUCCCUGGAAAACAACUUUGCUGGCAAUGCUAAUCGCGGGGUUAAGAGUAAGGACAACAUGAGAUUGCUGGCAAAGGCACAGACUGACCUUUCAGAUUUUUUCACAUCAUACAUCAUGAAAGUUCAACAUCUGAAGAAGUUAAAACAAGCUCCUAACUCUCCUGCCCAGGCAAAACUCUUGCAAAAUUUCACAAAGGCCAAAUGUGAAUAUUACAUUGAGAACAUGUACACUUUCCGAAGCAUGAGAAACAAAUUGGCUGAUGUCUCUCCACCAGAAACCUUGGAACUCAUCCAAAAAAUAGUGGACAAAGAUGCUAUUGUCAGCAGCCAUUUGUACAUCAAGCAGCUUGUGUUUGAAGUGAUCCACCUCACAGACAAGCACAAAGUCCUACCUGAGCUGGCCCCCAUCUUGAUCAGUGUGGAGGAGAAGGUUGAAAAAGACGCUGAACAAUGCCUGAAAUUUCAAGGGGAAGACUGGGAAGAGCAUCGUCAGCUAGUUCAGCAACUUCUGCAGGUUCAGAUCAAGAAUCACAAACUGAUUCGUCCUUCUCAGCGACUGUCCAGAAGGCUAGGAUCUUCCCACAUACGUGACAUCACUAAGCAAAGGUCACAUGAGGUCAUAGAAAACAUCCGGCUGCAGCUUCAGCUCAAGUCUGCACACAGCAGUUUCCAGAAGAGUCUAGAAGUCUUGCAGAAGUGUCGAGGUGCCAUUAAAGACAUGUGACGUUUGUGAAAUAUGUAUAUUAUAACAACAUGAUGUUGCUUUUUUCAAGAUUUGGUCAAUUCUACAAAUAUUUGCUUGAAAUUUUUGAAAACAUUCCCUUGGUAAAAAAAGGUAAGAUUCAUGUUCUUUGAUGUAUUAUUGCACCAAGGUCACUUGGAUCAUACCACUUUAUGCAGGGGGUCAGGCACUUAUCUGCAGGCUUGUGUUCUGGCAAAAAGAAAGGUUGACCCUCCUGCAGUUGUAAAAAUGUCUAUCAUUCUCAAGGUUGUAUGGUUCAAACUGCAACAACGGCCGCUCCCUACCACUGCAGUAAGGUUGUGGCACCUGGAACAUUGUCACAUUUUGUUGAUUAUGGUAUUUUAAAAUCAAAGUCAUUUUUGAAGUCAAUUUCAAAAUGAGACCGCGACACCAUAUUGAUUUGGCUACAGUUUUGCAAGACGCUUAUUGUACAGUGUGGGAAUGGUCUCAUAAUGAGACCACAACUCCAUACUGAUUUGUCUAAGAUUUUGCAAGAUGCUUAGUGUACAG